UUUUUGUUUUAUUUUGGGAAUUAUGGCACUAAAAAGAGUAGUUUGUGCAAUAUCAGGAGGUGUUGACAGUGCAGUUAGUGCAUUUUUGCUCAAGCAACGUGGUUAUGAUGUUAUUGGUGUUCAUAUGAUAAAUUGGGACACACAAGAUGAAAACAAAGAUCCGUGUCCUGGAAAAAAUGAAAUGAUUGAUGCGCGCCGUGUAUGUGAACAUCUUGGUAUCGAAUUUUAUGUAAUGAAUUUUGUAAAGGAAUAUUGGAACAACGUAUUUUUAAGGUUCAUUGAGAAUUAUCGUUUGGGUCGAACUGUUGUCCCUGACAAUGAUUGCAAUAAAUUUAUAAAAUUUGAUUUGUUUAUCAAGUCUGUAGAAGAAAAAUUUGGAAUUUUCAAUGUUGCAACAGGGCAUUAUGCACGAACUUCGCUUGGUGCUUUUCAUGAUACUCCAAACGAGGAAGUUAAAUUAUACAGAGCUAGAGACCCAUUAAAAGACCAAACUUACUUUUUGUCUUCUUUGACCCAAGAUCAAAUAAAAAAUAUAAUGUUCCCUAUUGGAUCUCUUUAUAAAAGUGAAGUUAAAGAAAUUGCUGAAACUGCCGGUCUUACGCCUUUUAUCACCAAAACUGAGAAGAAUUUUGAAGAAUUUCUAAUAAAUUAUAUUAGUCCAAUUGAAGGGAGAUUUUGUGAUAUAGAAACUGGUUCUGUAAUUCCAGAUGUAAUACACAGCGGUAUUCACAACUUUACUCUGGGGAAAAAGGUUAAUUUUAAUUGUGUCGAAGGCAACAGAAGUUCUUUACAAAAUAUUUCUUCGAGUGAUGCUCUUUAUGUAGCUGGCUGUGAUUUUCAAACACAAACUGUUUAUGUGUGUAAAGGAUGUUCGAAUCCAAAAUUAUAUGCAACAAGGAUAUUGGUUUCUAAAAUAAAUAUGAUUUCUGAUAGUUUUCAAAAAUUUCUACAAAAUCAACAUUCAAGAACUAGGGAUCCUUUAAGAAUUCUUAUUCAACGAACACAUUCUCCUAUUUUAUGUAAAGUGAAUUUUUCAUCAGAAAAACCACUACAAUAUUCUGAUUAUUUGGAAAUUGAGCCUCUCUAUCCAUUGAGAGCCCCUGGACCUGGUCAGAUAUGUGUUUUCUAUUUGGGAAAUGAAUGUUUGGGAUGUGCAGAGAUUGAAAGAAUAUUGGAAACACUCAAUUAAUUUUUUUAUUUUGUUAGAUCAUUUUUGUUAUAUUUUUAUAAAAUUUU